AUGUACUCAGCUCCAUGUCUGAAACGAAUCUUUAUUACAUUGGCAGUGUCCUGUUAUGAGAAGACUCAAUCACAUGCUGAGGAUGAACUCUUCAAGAAGCUUUUUGUUGGAUACAACAAGUGGUCACGGCCUGUGCCAAACACCUCAGACGUGGUCAUCGUUAAGUUUGGCUUGUCCAUCGCCCAGCUUAUUGAUGUGGAUGAGAAAAAUCAGAUGAUGACAACCAACGUCUGGUUGAAGCAGGAGUGGAAUGACUAUAAAUUGCGUUGGAAGCCCUCUGAUUAUGAGAAUGUGACAUCCAUCAGGGUGCCAUCAGAGCUCAUCUGGGUUCCAGACAUUGUGCUGUACAACAAUGCAGAUGGAGAGUUCGCUGUGACCCACAUGACCAAAGCUCAUCUCUUCUACACAGGCAAAGUGCGCUGGGUUCCCCCUGCCAUCUAUAAAAGCUCCUGCAGCAUUGACGUCACUUUUUUCCCUUUCGACCAGCAGAACUGCAAAAUGAAGUUUGGCUCAUGGACAUAUGACAAGGCCAAGAUCGAUUUGGAGCGCAUAGAGACCACUGUGGACCUCAAAGACUACUGGGAGAGCGGCGAAUGGGCCAUCGUCAAUGCUGUGGGAACAUACAACACCAAGAAGUACGACUGCUGCCACGAGAUCUACCCAGACAUCACAUACUUCUUCAUCAUCCGACGCCUUCCUCUCUUCUACACCAUCAACCUGAUCAUCCCUUGUUUGUUGAUCUCCUGCCUGACUGUACUGGUCUUCUACCUGCCCUCGGACUGUGGUGAGAAGAUCACCCUGUGCAUUUCUGUCCUCCUCUCACUCACUGUCUUCCUGCUGCUCAUCACAGAGAUCAUCCCGUCUACGUCACUGGUCAUACCGCUCAUUGGCGAGUACCUACUCUUCACCAUGAUCUUUGUCACAUUGUCCAUUACCAUCACUGUGUUUGUGCUGAAUGUGCACCACCGCUCACCAGGCACCCAUAAGAUGCCAAGUUGGGUGCAUACUAUCUUCCUCGACAUCAUUCCACGUUGGCUUUUCAUGCGCAGGCCGGCUCCCUAUGGACGGCGUCGGCAGAGGCUGCUGCUCCUGAAAAGUCGAAGGUCACAAGGACUCAGGGCUCCUGCUGGAUCAUGUUUGAGCACUUCUGCCAGCUGGUUCAGGGAGGUGGCUGAGGAUGAGGAAGCACACACGCAAUGCUUUUAUGAAGACCUAGAGUUGGGCACGCUGUCUUCUAAUUUCUCUCUUUCCUUCCGCCCUCCUUCUCCUCGUCCACCUGGCUCCACCCCAACUCCUUCUCCUCCAAUCCCGCCUCCUCCUACUUCUCUGCCUCUGAAACAUGGACCUUCUAUGAGACAUGAUGCAGUGUUGGGUGCCAGGCAUCCAGGGGGUAGAGUGAACCAUACUAAGCGACAGUCAGACAACGAGCGAUUCUGUCUAUCUCCCAGUAUAAUGCAGGCUCUGGAAGGAGUUCACUACAUAGCAGAUCAUCUGAGAGCACAAGACGCCGACUUCAGUGUUAAAGAGGACUGGAAAUAUGUUGCCAUGGUGAUUGAUCGGAUCUUCCUGUGGAUGUUCAUCAUCGUUUGUCUGUUGGGUACCAUCGGCCUGUUCCUCCCCCCAUGGCUGGCUGGCAUGAUCUAGAGCCCUUUAUAUAAACUUGCAGACAUGCAGUACGGGCCCUGUGGAUAUACUUGUCAUUGCAGACAGUGAGCGAGUAUGCCACAUAGAUGAGUAAUAUGGAAACUGUGCAAAAAUAUUUGAAUGAAGAGCAAGAAAUUCAUCAUGGAGCAGAAUGUCUAUCAGCACUGUGCAAGAGCCCUGAAAGCAAAUUUAUCUUUGAAUGUAAAGCCUUGCAAUGAAUACUGAUGAAUAAAAUGUGGCACCUUCAAAAACAACUUCUGCAUGAGUCCACGCAGGGGUGUUCAUUUUAGUUCUAUCUAUCUUUCUCUCUCAAGAAUCAGUGGAUUAAUUUCUGAUGCAGUGAGAUUUAGAGGACGUGACUUGUACUGACACCCCGGCAGACCCUUGGAGAACAGCUGCUAAGAGAAAAGCUGUAGUGAGCUGUCCUUCAUUUAAAAUCCUGAGAAUUCUGAGGGCCAAAUUUGUUAACUAUUAUGUAUGAAGUACCACAUUUUUAAUAGUAAAACAUACAGCGUUCCUUCCCAUUCAGAGUGUGUGUCCGUCUCGAGCCAAGUAACGGAAUACAUGUAACGGUGUUACAUAAUCAGGAUACAAAAAACUGGUAACUGUAAUCCAUUACAGUUACGUCAAAAAACUAAGUAAUCAAAUUACAGGUAAUUUAAAAAAAAAAUGGGAAUACUAUCAGGAUUACAUUUUUUUUCAUUUAAAGAAAUUAAUAUUUUGACAUAACACAAUAUAGACAGAUGCUUAAUUAUAGUUCUGGUUCUCUCUUGCCAGUCGUGACUCACAUGAGCAAUAUCCUGGUGCAUGCACAAAUCAAUUUUAUUAAAGUUUAUUUGGUAGAAAUGAACACAAAUUGUUCUCUGAAAUGUUUUUGUUAGGGUGACCAUACGCCCUCUUUUUCCCCGGACAUGUCCUCUUUCUCGGAACUUAAAAAAGCGUCCAGCCGGGAUUUCUAAAUUUGAGAAAAUGUCCGGGAUUCAGCUUUAGUUUCAU